CGUGCAGAUUGAAAUAUUGCUUUUGCAUAGAAAGGUCGUCGCCAUGUCCCUUUCCCAGUUCCGAAUCAUCGAACACACUGUUCCCUGCGAAUCGAUCCGAGAAUAUCACCAUGCCGUCAAGACGGAUAGUCCGCCGCUGCAGUUGGCGAUCAAGCAAUACAUUCCUCUGAGUAAUCCUAAUCCCGGGCCUGAUGAUAUUACGAUCAUUGCUGGACAUGCGAAUGGGAUUCCCAAGGAGUGCUACGAACCGAUCUGGGACGAGCUGGUAGCAUUAACAAACGUCAAGAUCAAAUCCAUCUGGUUCGCAGACUGCGCGCACCAAGGGGCCAGUGGCGUCCUGAAUGAGCAGAUCCUCGGCGAUGACCCAAACUGGUUCGACCAUUCCCGAGAUCUUCUACACAUGGUCAACCAUUUCAGAGACGAGAUCAAGACUCCGAUCGUAGGCAUCGCACAUAGUUUUAGCUGCGCUGCGUUCGUGCAUCUCUCCAUCAUGCACCCCCGUCUCUUCCACUCCCUCAUCUUCCUCGAACCCAUGAUCCAACUCGAAAGUCCCAGUAAACCCGGCGGCCGAAGUCCCGCCCUCUGGGCCAGUUCUCGUCCUGAUUUCUGGCCCUCCAUGGAAGCCGCAACAACAUACAUCCAACGCAACCCCUUCUGGCGCACUUGGGAUCCCAGAGCCAGAAAUAAAUACAUACAGCACGGUCUCCGUCCUACCCCGACGGCACUUUAUCCCAACACGGAUUCCGCCGGAGUCACACUCACGACCACCAAAGCACAAGAAGCAUGGACGUAUCUCCGCUUUAAUGCCAGCCCGCGAGGUAGCGCUACUGACCCAACAGAGCGUCUUCUUGGUCCAGAUCUCGCCACAACAACCAACGCAACGGAGCUGCAUAAUAACAACCCGGAAUACGUUUCCGUCUGUCCAUGGUGCUGUCUCGCAUUCGAAUUCCUCCCGUAUGUGCGACCGUCAGUGUUAUUCAUCUUCGGGGAAAAGAGCCAUAUUAAUAUCCCCGAUCGGAGACGGGAUAAGUUAGAGAGAACGGGGACCGGGCUAGGAGGGAGUGGAGGGGCGGGGGCGGGACGGGUGAAGGAGGCGGUGAUCUCCGGUGCGUCGCAUUUGGCGCCGUUGGAGAAGGUGGAUGAUACUGCGAGGGUUCUGGCGCGGUGGGUGGAGGAGCAGGUUGGGGGGUAUAAAAUGGAGAAGGAGUUCUUUGAGAGGGAGUAUCAGAGUGGAAAGUCGGAGCGGGAUGGGAUGGAGUUGUCCGGGCUGUGGAUGGAGUAUGUAAAGAGGCCGGUGGAUACGAAGAGGCCGGGGAAGGCUCGGUUGUGAGAUUGUGGGUGAAUGUUUUCAAUCUGUGUUCGUUGAUUUAGGAGCAGCUAGAAUACCUGGGUCUAUACCCUGGUGGUUAUGUCAGGAUAUAGCAGUAGGUGCUCAGUGAAAUGUUCGAACUCGACAUAGUCGACUGCAUAUACUGCCAAACAUUGAAC